CUGUCUUCGGGACAGCUUUAUCGCAUCCAAGUUUACAACAUUUCACUUUGAGAAAAGCUUUUCCACCUUUGUACUCUCCUGAUAAAAUCGCUGCAUUUCAGAUGUGUUUUUUGUAGCCCGUCGUUUCCCGAGUUCUGAUUGAUAGCUACAGCAGCUUGGUGUAGCAGCCGACGUGGAUUGAGAAUAUCUCUGUGGUUGUGUUAAGUGAUGCUUUAAUACCUCCUGUGCAUAUAGUUUUCCGUCGCUAAAUCUAAACCUCGCUCAUGCGAAUGAUGACGUAAGCAUUUUGUGAUGUGCCUUAUUAACGUUUUUGGAUUACUUCUUGAUUUUUUAUGCAAUGUAAUGAGUUUUUGGAUUACGGAUACUUCAAGUUGCAGUUCAUUUACAUGAUUUGUGUUUCAAUGAAGAAUAUGUUAUCGGGUACAAUGUAUCGGUGCUAUGUGACGAAUGAGAAUUUAAAAAAUUCGGUUUGUAUCAAAGAAGGUUAUUUGAUGAAACAAAUUGGUUCGUUUCAGCGAUGGCGGAGAAGAUAUUUCAAAAUAAAACCUCGAAAAUUAUAUUUUGCAAAAGAUAGCAAGUCUGCAAUUUUUGAAGAAGUAGAUCUUACUGACUUAAGCAUUGCAGAAUGUAGCAUAAAAAAUGUUAAUCAUAGUUUUGAGGUUAUAACUCCAUUUCAAAAGUUAAUACUUUGCACUGAAUCUCGUCGAGAAAUGGAAGAUUGGAUAACAGCCUUUAAGAAUGUCAGUAACAAGGAUUUUUAUGAGGGUACAGAUAAUCAAGAGUUUUUAUCAGGACAGCAUAACUGGUGUAUAACAAAUCAUGCUCGGCCAACAUUCUGCAAUGUAUGUCGUGAAGCUUUACCUGGAGUACGGUCUACAGGAUUAUCUUGUGAAGUAUGUAAAUUCAAAGCCCAUAAACGUUGUGCCAUAAAAGCUCCCAACAAUUGUAAAUGGACCACAUUAUCUUCUGUUGGAAAAGAUAUUAUUGAAGAUGAGGAUGUUAAUUUAGCUAUGCCUCAUCAAUGGUUGGAAGGUAAUUUGCCUGUAAGUGCAAAAUGCAGUCUCUGUGAUAAAACUUGUGGAAGUGUAUUAAAAUUACAAGAUUGGAAGUGCCUAUGGUGUCGAGCUUUGGUUCACCAUACAAAUUGUAAAGCUCAAUAUCCUCAAAAAUGCCCACUUGGAGUAUGUCGUGCAUCCAUUGUCCCACCUACUUCCCUUCACAGUAUUGGAAAUGAUGAAUCUUGGGAAGCGAUCUGUCCUCUUGGUUGCAGCCCAUUGUUGGUAUUUGUCAAUUCAAAGUCAGGUGAUAAUCAAGGUGUCAUGUUUCUCAGGCGAUUUAAACAACUGCUCAAUCCUGCACAAGUCUUUGAUCUCAUGAAUGGUGGACCCCGCCUUGGAUUACAGAUGUUUAGGACAUUUAAUCCUUUACGUGUUUUGGUUUGUGGAGGUGAUGGAAGUGUUAGUUGGGUUUUGACUGAAAUUGAUAAACUUAGCAUGAAUAAACAAUGUCAGGUAGGAGUAUUACCCUUAGGAACAGGAAAUGACUUGGCUCGGGUAUUAGGUUGGGGUUCAUCUUGUAAUGAUGAUGCUCAGCUUCCUCAAAUGUUGGAGAAUUAUGAAAAAGCUACAGUCAAAAGCCUUGAUAGGUGGUGUAUAAUGACAUAUGAGAAAUCCAUGAUCACUCCUAGGAAAACCUCAGGUCCAAAAACUGAAGAUCUAUCUCCUUCAUCUUCUAGUGAUAAUGAUGAUUCUGUUGACCGAUUUAUAGCUACAGUGUUCCAAUCUGAUCAGCCUUAUUUAGUUAUCUCUUCUUUAAACUUCUUAUUGAAAAAUGGAAACAAACUUUUAGCUAGAGUGACAGCUAAAAUGAAAGAAAAGUCUGGAAAUGUUGAUGAAGACAUCUGUUACAAAAAAUUCCAGUUGAUUAUGGAGAAGUUAGGGAAAAUGUUGAUUUCCAUGACUGCUGAUGAAAUUGCUUCGAAGUUACUCCAUGAGCAAAAAGAAGAAGAAAGAGUUACUGAAUCUCCCGAGAGUGAUACUAUACCAGCUGAAGUGCCUCAGAGUCAAUCUAAAAAGAUUCCUUUUGUUGAACGAGAAGCUCUUAUGUCUAGAACAAAUAGCUUGAAAAAAGCAGUUUGGCAAAUAUUUGACUGCAUUGAAACAGUUGUUGAUGAACAGAAUGCUGAAAGUAGAGAGAGGGAUAGUAAAAAAUCUCCUGAACCUUCUUUGUCAUCAGAACAAGCAAGUAAUUUAGAUAAUAGAUCUGAUUCAACAUUGCCUGCUGGUCUUGAAGAAGAAAGAGUCAGUAGGCCUGAAUCCUUGUGGAAUCCAUGGGGAACAUCAAUGGGUCAAAGUAUUGGUGCAUCUUUGAAAGACACACUGCAAGUCACUUUACCUACUAUUCAAGGUGGAGCUAGUGCUGAUAGUUCUCCAUGUCCAUCCCCUCAUUCAAUUGCAUCUCCUUCUGUGUCCUCUUUUUCAUCUCCUAGCAAAGAAAGGCCUGCAGUUAGAGUAGCUCAAGAAUUUUCCCCCACUGCUGACAUAUCACAAUUCCCCACCCAUUCUGGGACUCAUGACUCACCAACAGCUUAUGUAACCGGGACCAAACCCAGUGAAGCUGCUCAAUCUCCAACUGCUACACGUCGAAUUAGUAGUGGAGCCAUCCUGAAAUCAGUCUGUAAUUUUAAUGUUCAAAGUAGUUAUGGCUUAGAUGUUGCUUCAAAUUCCUGCCAAUCAUUUGAAAGGAGCUUACUUGAAAGUCACCAUGUGGAGGGUCGGGAAUUUCCUAUAAUAAAUCCCUUAACAACUAUUCCUUUGUGGUCGGAGGCAAAUAAGGAUAUUUCAAUUGAAAAAGCUCUUUUACCUUGCACUGACGCAUUGUGUGCUGCUGCAUCACCUUUAAUGGAUGUAGAAGAAAUUUCACUAGAAGGCUUUGAUGAGAGGUGUGUGAUGAAUAACUACUUUGGUAUUGGAUUGGAUGCUAAAAUUACUCUUGAAUUCCACAACAAACGAGAAGAGCAUCCUGAAAAGUGCCGGUCUCGUACAAGAAAUUUGAUGUGGUAUGGUGUUCUUGGUGGUAAGGAGCUUUUACAUCAAACUUACAAAAAUUUAGAGCAACGAAUUCAGUUAGAAUGUGAUGGAAAGCGUAUUCCUUUGCCAUCAUUACAAGGAAUUGUGGUUUUAAAUAUAAACAGCUAUGGAGGAGGCUCGAAUUUUUGGGGUGGUACAAAAGAGGAUGAUAUAUUUGUAGCUCCAGCAUUUGAUGAUAAAAUAUUGGAAGUAGUUGCUGUAUAUGGCACUGUUCAGAUGGCUGCAUCAAGAGUAAUAAAUUUGCAGCAUCAUAGAAUAGCCCAGUGCAGAUCAGUAAAAAUUAUCAUAAAAGGGAAUGAAGGUGUUCCUGUUCAAGUGGAUGGCGAAGCUUGGAUUCAACCUCCAGGUUACAUAUGCAUCAUUCACAAAAACCAAACUCAAGUAUUAUGUAGGAAUAAGCAUUUAGAGUCAUCAGCAAAAAUGUUACAUGAUAAACGAAAUUCAAAUCGUUCCAUGCCUCUAAGUCCUUUAACUGAUGAAGAAGCUCAGCUGGUAGGAAAUUUUACAGAAACUGUAUUGAAUCUUAUUAGAAGUAUCAAAGUAACUGCAGAAUUAUAUUCAAAAGUAGAAGAAGAUUUGUUGCCCAUUACAAUACAAGUUGCUAAUCAUAUCGAGAAAUUAUAUCCUACUGGAAAACUUAUGGAAGGGGCUAUUACUCGGCAACUCCUCACAGAAUUUGUAGUUGCUGCUCGUCAUUUAUUGCAAGAGGUCUUUACAUUUAUUAAAGAAAAAAAUGACGUCUUUCAAGCAGAUAGUGAACUAGAAGAUAAACUGACUUCUAUGUGCCAAGAAAUAGAAAAGGAACUAAGAAACUCUUCAGAAAACCAAGGAUGGGUUUAUUUUCACUCUGAAGAACCUGUCAGCCAAGAACAGAAAAAGCACUACAAAGGCCUAUUCAAGCUCAAGUUCCUAAGUAAACAGGCUAAAAGCAAGACAGUUAAUGCAUCAUCAGGACAAGGGAGUGGCGGAGCUUGUAACUGUAGCAACACAGCUUGUGAGGGAUCAGGCUGUGGUACUCCUACAGAAACAGUGAGUUGUCUUUUUGGAGAGCUACCAGUUUCCUCAGUUCUGACAUGGGGUACAUCUGAAGUUGCACUCUGGCUGGACUCCAUUCAGAUGGGCGAGUAUAAGGAUAAUUUUAUCAGCCAUGAUGUUCAGGGACCUGAAUUGUUGCAUUUGGAAAGAAGAGAUUUGAAGGAAUUGGGGGUGACAAAGGUUGGUCAUAUUAAACGUAUCCUGCAGGCUGUUAAGGACAUUUCAACUCAUUCUAUUGGGAGGAAACUGGCUAUGUUAUGAUUGGUCUGUGUUAUAUAUGUAUAAUCCCUUCCCCCCUCUUUUUUAGAUGUUUAAAUUGCUGUAACAUUCCAUCAUUUUCCCUCUGUGGUACAUGUAUUGAACUUUAAAAUGAUGUUAUAUGUGCACUAUUGAAUUUGAUUUUGUAUACCUUGCUUCUAACCAUGACAUCGUGCAUCUCAUAGACUUUUUUACCACACACUUAUAUUGGUGAAGUUUGAUAUAGUGAUUGAAUAUAUGCAAAUAAUUGAGAAAGAUAAUCAUUUACUAACCUUGUGUUCAUGUUAGAUAUUGUAGAUAGUAUUAAAUUUAUGUGACUUUCAGGUGGAACCUGCAAUUAAAGUCUGAAUUUUUUAUACUAAUAUUUUAGCCUAAAGAAAGUAUUUGAGCUGACUUUAGUAGCUCGAAUUCUUUGAAGAGGUUAGUUCUAGGCUUUCAAAACAUUAGAUAUGUAUAUAUGAUAGAAUUGCCAUUUAUUUCCUAAAUUUUUGCCAGUUGAUCUAGAUUAGUAAUUUAUUCUUAUUUUAGUACAAUAUAGAAAAUUUUGCUGGAACAGAUAAAUAUAUAUGUGUGUAUGUGUUACUUUACAGCUGCAUAGUAAAUUUCUUUUUAUUUUGUAUUAAAGUGCAAUCUAGACUGAGGAAUAACAAAUCAUUUUCCCAGCACAAAUAUUUAAAUAAGCUUAUACUCUCUCUUUAAAAUAUCUUUUAUAAUUUUAUUUCAUAGCAACAAUAAACCUACAUUAGCUAAUAUUUGCACUUAUUUCAUAGAAAAAUACUUAUUAUAGUCAAAACAUUUAUGCCUUAUAACUUUAUAAUAAUUAAAACAAUCCUGUUAGUAUAUAAAAUAUUUAAAUAAUUCAGCUUUUUUGUUGUUGUUUGUAAAUUGGACAUGAAAAUAUUUAAUAUUAGUAUAAUGCCGAAUCUGCCUACUUUAUCCAAGUUUUUAAUUUCUUGUAUGGAACAGUUGUGCCUUAGAAAGUUGGGAAGAAAAAAAAGAGUGUAAUGGUUUUUUUUUUUUUUUGUUUUUGUUUUUUUUUUUUUAUUCAUAUUUUCUUUUGAAUCAUUUCCUGUUUUGACUAAAACAGGAAAUAUUGAAAAUAUGCCAUUUAUGUCGUUAAAAUAUAUCAAUUAUUUUUCAGUAAAUUAACUGUUGCAUAUUGUACCUGUUUUCUUGAUGAAAUGAAAAAGAGUUGCCAUUGCCACCCCAUGUAUUUAUGGGAUCCCUCUCUCACCACCUCAUAAUAUAAGCAACUUGUUUUGCUUAGCAUCAAAAACGGUCUUCAUAUGAACUCUUUUUUUUUUUUUUUUUUUUUACAUUCUUUAUUCAAUAUGGUGCAUUUUGGCUACUUUUAUAUAUCCUUCUUUAAUGCAUUUCUCUCUAAUCUAAAUAUAGAUUUGCUAAUUAUAUAAAAUCAUUUGUGCUGAAAAAAAUUUUAUCUUAAAGAAUUUUUUUAAUUUGCUAUAAUUUAAUGAUUAACUCACUUAGAAUGUGACAGUUUAAUGAAAUUAUAUUCUUCUAUCAAUAAAUUUCCCUUCUUAAAAUACAUAUCUAUAUUUUUAAAACAAGUAUUUUAAUAAAUGUUUCUUUUGUUGUAACAUUUUAAAGUUCAAAUUGUUAUUGUAAAAACAGAGCAUUGCCAUAUUUCAUAUUUAAAGAUAGCAGAAUUUGAAGUCAUCUGGUAAAAAAUAUUUUGUUGUUUAGUCUUACAUUUGGUUUCAUAAAUAUGUAAGAAAAAAUCAAAAUUAUUGACGUUAAAUAAACAUGCAUAUUAAAGAAUUAUUUAUAUGUACUUAUACAAAUAGAAUAGUUUUCAUUAUAUUUUUUUUUAUCAUUUUAAUAGUCUGAAAAAGUUUUUAAAAAUGCUUGGAAAUUAUGUGUCUUUUUUAAGAAGCAUUUAAUAUAUAGAAUGAAUUUCCAUACUGAACUGCCAGUGGGGAAAACUGAUAAUUAAAGUUUAGUUGUGAUUUGUUUAGAGAUUUGUCUAUAAAAAUUAAUUAAAUGUGUUUAUCUCCUUUUAAAAAGUUUCACUUGGGCUUAGAAUUGCUGUAGUUUUGGGCUGUAGAUUUUAUUGCUAUUUUCAUAGACUUACACAUUUGAAAUGUUUGUAAGAUUUGUGAAGUUUGCAAAACAUUUUUUCCCAGCUAGUCAAGGUACUUCAUUCAAUCAUGUAACUGAACAAAACGUAUUAACUUAACCUGAUAUAAUGCCUUUAAAGGAUAUUAGUAUUUUAUAAAAAGUAUAUAUACAUAUAUUUGUAUGUGUAGUGAAUUGUAAAGACAAAUUCCAUUGUUGUCCAUAGUUUUGCUAAAAUGUUUGGAAAAUAUUGGUGGUCAUAAAUGUGGGAGAAAAAUCUGUAAUGGUAGUGAUUUAUUUAAGCUUGCAUAUUUUUGCAUUUUCUUUAAAAUUUCUGUAGAUAGUUAAUUUCUAUGAAAAUAUAUUCAUUUGUGAUGUAUUUUGUAACAUUUUGUAAUUCAAAAACUGUAAUGCAGCAGCCGAAUUAAAAUGCAGUUUAUUGAAACAUUCAAAAAUUGUUUCCCCAAAUUCUCUACAUAGCCAAAUAUGAAUAGUAUUUAACUUAAAAGAAUUUUAUUGUAAUUUUAGCUCUCUAGUUCACCAUUGCAAAUUAGUCCCAUAAUUCAUUGAUUCUAGUAUCUUUAACAGUACUAAUUGAAUUAUAUUGUUAAGUGUACUGCAAACAUUACUUUUCCUUCCCAUAAUGCAAUUCUGUGCUAAUUUAAGAUUAUAUCCACAUUCUCUAUAUCUGGUGCUACCUGGCUAUUUCGUCCACUGCCUUUUAUCAUCCUACAGCACGAAAUAGGCAAUGUUUUAUCAACAAAUUUAAUAAAUUUUAAGUAUCCAUACUUCUUUUUUUUUUUUUUUUUUUUUUUUUUUCGCUUUUGGAUUUUUAAUGUAGAUGUGUUAGAUCAAAUUUUCUGCAUUUCAAUAUGAAACUAAUUCAUCUAUUUUUUUAAAAGUAGAAAUAAAAUGUAUUUUUGCUUAUGUUUCGCUAACACAUUCCAUGGAAUAUCCUUGUAUGUACUCAUAGUUUAAGAUUUUGUAACAUGUUAGUACUUUUUAAAAUUUGCCCAUAAAUUCAUUGCAACUUUUAAACCUACUGAUAAUGUGUAUUAAUGGCAAUUUGUAAAUUGAUAAAUAGCAUAAUUAGUGUGAUUUAGAAUUUCAUCAAAUUUGCCCAAAAGUAUUUAUAUUCUGAUUUAACUGCUCUUAUUAUAUGCACAGUUUUUAAAAUUUCAUCAUAUUCCUCUAGAUCUUUAUUACUAAUUUGGUUUCAACAUCAUAUUUAGCCACAUUUAUUAUCGCUUAGUAAUUAAAGAUACUUUUCUAAAGGACCUUAUAUGUUUUGAAAAUUCUUUUCUUAUAAUGAAUUGUUUAAUUUGAUAAACAUUGGAAUUUUGAAUUCUAAAAUCAGUUAUUUUGUAAAUGAUUCACUGUAAUUUAUGCUCCAUGAAUUCAUUGUACAAUUUUUACUGCAAAUUUUUAUAUCAAAUGAAGCUUGAAUUAAGUAUUAACUAUUUUCUAUUCUAUUAGUAAAAAUGUUUAAAUAGAUUCAAUUUUGUAUCAAAGAAUGCAAUUAAUGUAUGCAACAUGAGUUCUUUGCACUUACAAAUACUUAAUUUAAUGCAAAAUUAUUCAUUGUGUUAUGUUCAGAAAUAAUUUAAAAUUUUAAUCUUCAAUGUUCAUUAUGCUAUUAUAAAUGCAAUGCUAUUUUUACCUAAAAACUGCAUUCAAUAUUAUUCUGAUAUUGAAGAUGCUGUGUAUAUUUUUCUAAAAUCCAUAUGUUGAUUUUUAAUUUGAAAUACGUUUAUAUUGUAGAAAGAAUAACAUUAAAAAAUUCAGACCUUUUCUUUUAUAUAGUGGACAAUUUUUUCUCUUUUUCUUGGUUAUCACUAUAAAAUGCAUUGAUCCAAUAGCUUUUCUUUGUACACCCAUUAGUAUAUAGACAAUCAUAACAUUUCUUUGUAUUAUAUGACACUGUAUCAUAAUCUAUAUUUAUAUUGUAUAUAGAUGUAAGUUUUAUUCAUUUACUGUUUAUUUAUGUUGUAAGUAAAGCAAGUUUUUGCAAGAAAGACAGUAUGUGAAUUUUCACAUUCCGUGUGCAGACCAUGUGUGAAAGAAAGAUUUAGAUAUAUAUAUAUAUAUAAGUUUCACACUUCUGAUUUGUUUUAAAUUAAUUUUUUA